AUGUUUUCCCACAUUCAGUUCCCUGGCUUGCCGCCCAUCAAAGCCUGUCAGAUGCCUCAACCUUUGCUUGACCGAGAUGAUCAAUUCUACCAUUAUUUUCUUAACUUCGCCUCUAAUGUACCCAGAUCAAAUGGGAUUAUACUAAACACUUUGAAUCACUUGAAUCGGGAGCGAUCAAAGCUAUCAGGGAUGGGAUUUGUGUUCAGAACAUCAAACUCCACCGAUUUACUGCAUCGGACCACGAAUUGCCGACGCCGUAAUGGAGCUUUCUCGGCGGAGCAGGUGAGAGAGAUAGCCAUUGGGUUAGAGAGAAGUGAUCGGAAAUUCCUGUGGGUG